CGUCUCACUACACAGUGUUGUCGGCUACAGCUGUACUGUGUAUACACUGUACUGUGCGGUGUGAGCCCCUAAGCAUAACUUGCACAUUUCUCAUUGAAAUUACAUAAUUCCAGAAGCUAAGAAUGUCGUACUGUAAACAAGAAGGAAAGGAUCGUGUGGUGUUUGUGACAGAGGAGGACCACAAAGGACCUGCAGCAGUCUCACUACCUGAUGAUGAUGAACCACCAGCAGGACUAAUACAACCAGAUGGUGAAAUCAACUGGGCUUGUCCAUGCUUAGGAGGUAUGGCAACAGGUCCUUGUGGUGUUGAAUUUCGGGAAGCAUUUUCUUGUUUCCACUACUCUACUCAAGAUCCCAAAGGAAGUGAAUGUUUAGAACCUUUUCGACAAAUGUCGGAGUGUAUGGCCCAAUACCCUAAUGUGUAUGGUAAUAAGGAAGAAAAAGAGGAUAUGGCAAAAGUUGAAAUACCAAGUGAAGCUUCUCCUGAGGUUGGACAGUCAGAAGAAGUCUCAGCAAAAGCAUAGCAUGAGGUGAUAUUUUUUAAUUUAGCUGUUAAUGUGUAUAUAAUAACAUGUGAACCCGUGUGAUCACAGUAUUUUAUGAUAUGUACUGUUAUUGAAAUUUGUUUGUCAGUCAAUAAUACUAGCUUAUUCCAUGUUGUUGGAAAUGAAGUACAGUAUGGUUAUUUGAUAGAGAGAUGAUUGUAAGUAUAUGAGGCACUAUCAGUUUUAGCAUGGUGUGUAUAUCAAUAGUGAUGUGACAGAUGUAUCAUGUUAAAAUGUAACCUGUAAAUUUUGUUAUUAGAUUCUAUGUACA